AGCACGAAUGGUUGUCACUAGGCAUUGCCUUGGUUUAUCUGGCAUGAAUGCAUCUGGUGAGCUUUGUUGUCUCCUUUGCCGUGGUGAUGAACAAACACCCGUCACCUCGAUGGAUGCAUAUCAUUCAACUGCGUAAAGAAGAGUUCAACAGGGCAAGGCACCAAUGGAUAGGAAGUCAACAGCCUCAGCGUCAGGAGGUGUUUGUUGAUACCGUACACUGUACCAAGCAAGCAUGAACACGAACAUCGAGUCUUCUCGCUCUCGAGGAUUGGCUGUCACAACAACAUCUCCACCCGGGACGGCCUCUACGGACUCAUCAGUUACCAAGCGUCGACGCCGGUCCCUCCUAUGGACACGACUUGGUAUCACGAUAAUGAUAUUUGCCGCAACGUGCAGGACAGGAUUCUUCAGUACAAACCAACUAGCGCGUCUCUUUGUGGAACAACAAGAAAAGGAACAACUGCUGCUGCAACGUCACCAUUUCAUUGGCCACAGUAUCAACAAUAACACGCAGGCUGAAGGACCAUCCGACAGAAGACGUCAACACGGCAAGCACUCGCGAGAGCCAAAAAAGAAAAAGAAGGCGAAAUCCAAAACCAAACAGGACAGCAAACGCAAGGACACGUCUCCUGUUACCAGGGCAGGCAGUCCUGUCAUAGUAAUCCGAAAGGCUGCUGAAAAGUACGUGCGUACUAACCGGCCCGAAGCAGCAAAAGAUGAUACUAAGAAUUUGAGGCAGUCCCUCGAGGAAACGACAACAACCUUGCAAAGGAACCAAAGAAAGAGGACCUCAACUAUUACCGGUAGCGGAACUAACAAGAAACGGCGGCAUGUUGCUGGAGUAGGAUCAUCCGUUGGAAACCAAAAAGUUAUCCAUGGCUUCAUGGACAAAGAUCCGAGUAUGAGCAACAGCCUCCACAAGAUGGAAGUGGUACACCCAAAAGGGCAGCAACCACAGAGUUCUAGCAUGCCAAGGAAAGAAGCUGCAGUCGGUAAGAUUCACACAAAGACGCUACGAAAAACUGCUGGAGCAUAUGUCCCAGAAACCAUAGUCGAAACAACCAAUGACUUAACACCAGGUUACGCGAAGAAGAGGCACACCACGAAAGGUGCCCCUCAGGAAAAGCCCGUCGCCAAAAAAAUUCCAGUUCGGAGCAAGGUUGUCGCCAAGCCUCGAAAGAGUGCCGGGGCAUUCGUUGACGCAAGCAUUGCUCAUGCAGCAGCCAGUAGUACCAAUCCAGACAAUCCAGCAUUACCUGGAAUACUCUCAAAUCCCCAUGCUACACUUCACGAUCUUCUGCAGCCACAACGGCCCAAGGCUCGACGUUCCUGGGAAUCCCGCGAGUUUUUCGCAGAACAACGAGCCCGCAUCAAAGAGGGAAAGGAUCCAUUGCCUCCUCUCAAUUUUGUCCAUCUUCCCAAAACGGGAGGUUCCAGCAUUGUUCAAGCAGGCAUUGAUGCCAACUUGAAUUGGGGGGACUGCCUCUUUCAACAGAACUGGGCAGGUCGAUCGUGUCCCGUGCCACCGGAGCAUGCCUGGCCAAUCGGUGAUCCACAGCGACUGCAUCGAGUCUGGUGGCAUACUCCACUUGAACACCUGCCAGAAGGAAACAUGACCACCAAAAACGGUAACUACUAUACCUUCCCGCCCAAUCCUUACCGUGGAAUGGAUCUUUUUGCUGUGAUUCGGAACCCUUAUGAACGAGCUGUAAGUGAGUUCUUUUAUAGUUGCAAGGCUCGCCAGCAUCUAUGUAAAGGACUUUGGGACACUCCCGGAAUGGGGGUAACUCUGCUCAAUGAUAAUAUCCAACAUGCUGUUAACCAGAUCCGCAAGUCCAAACCGGGAAGCAAGUACUACUUUUUCCAUUGGGGACAUUGGAUCCCACAAUACGAUUUCUUUAUCAAUCGCCGGACGCAGCAAAGGAUGGUCAAACACUUGCUCCACACUGAGCUCAUGGCGGAAGAAUUCCCUUCCUUAAUGGCAGCCUAUGGGCUUCACAACGUCAGCAUGCCAAGCAGCCGAAUCAAACCACGCAGCACUACUGUUGCGGAAGGAAAGCCACUGGGAGUGCAGAACUUGACGCAAACCACAUUGGAAGCAAUCGAAGAUGUCUAUGGCAACGACUUUUGGCUUGGUGGGUAUUCCAAACUUAGUGGUCGAUAUCCUCUUCUGCAGUAACAUCGGCCUGAAGGCAACAUUGAGAGUCUACGUUCCAGGUGCUUUGGGGAAAUCUUUGUCGAGUCAAGUCAAGUGAUAAGGCGCUACUCGGAAAGACAAGCAAGACUGCUAACCGCUUUAGUCUGCAGCUGCAUGACUGUCUGCUACAAAUGCCGUUCAGGCAUUGUUCACAGGUGGCUGGUCUAGGUCUCUUUCGAUGUGUUUGAUGUCAGUGUGGCAAUGUUUCAUUACCAGCCAAACAAAGUAGACAGUGUAUUACUAGGCUUUCAACCUUUCAACAAGGCAAUCAGGGCUCAGCCCAUGAUACCAGUACCAUGGGUGGACAAUGCUUGUGGAAACUAGGAAGUGGUUUGCAGAUAAGGCAACGGACAAACUGAGAGCAGUCUUCGAGCGACCGGCCAAAGACAAAGUUCGACGCGACACAGACUAAACGCUCUUAUCAAUAUUUUAAAAUGUAGAUGUAUAGAUUAUAUGUAAGUUAGGCAUGUACUACAAGAAGAAGUUGACCCUAGGCGGAUGGAGCAACGGUAAGGAUAUCUUUGUUGAGGAGGUAGAAGGGCCCAACACUCAUUCCCAGCUUCACGACGUCUUCGUUGUCAAUGUGGUUCAUUGCAUCCCACGAUCGCAUAAGCUCCAUGGCCAAUUUCACGCAGAAACGUGUUUCUUGAAAGGCCAGGCGCAGCGACUGAAGCCGGCCAAGAUUGUUCACGACGGCCAGGAUCACACCUCGCAUGGCUGUCAUGUCUUCCUUAUCCCAGUGGGUACUUGCAAACUGUAAGGCGGAGUCGUAGAGCUGCCUGGCACUGGCUUGAAACGUUAGAGCGGCACUUGCAUCAUCAACCAGAAUACCUUGGUAGUCCAGGGCGACUGCCAUGUUGUAGAGUAGAACCACAAUGGAACGUGUAUGACUGGCGACACAGCUCGGAGACAACAUCUGGAAUACGCGGGGAUAGAAAUCAAGCAGCGCAGGGGAAUCGGCAAGGAGAUUUGCCAGGGCUUCCUCAUUGUCGACAAUGCUGACGGUGCGGACAGGUGGCAAUGAAGAUGGGGGCAAGACAGCGCGUUCGUGCUCCACAAAGGCGGCGUAAUCUGGUUCGUUUGGUAGUCCGGACUGAAUGGCUCGAAGAGCGCUCUUGAAUGUUUGGAUGGACUCGGCAAUCUCCCCACUACGAAGCAGCGAGAUGGCAUCCAUGUUGUGCUUCUUGAUCAUUUCAGCGACUGAAUUCAUCAUGGUGACAGUAAAUGUUUAGGAGGGGGGCUGGAUGGAUGAGGAAGGUUUUCAAAGCGAUUGUUUGAAUUUGUGAGCAAUAUAGCUUCGAGAGAGUUUGCUGCCUGUGGGGCUUCUGUGCCUACCGAGAGGCUACUGGAAGCAUUCCUCCUAUGAAGGAAGAAGAUCGAUUCAUGCAGCCACUUUGCUACAGUUGCGAC